GUCAGACAGAGAAAGGAGCCGGCUUUGUCGAGACACGUCUCCUCUUGAGAAAAAGAGCUUUUAUUUUGUAGCUUCGGAGACUGACAGAUGCUGUGAGACUAAACAGGAAACAAUCUGUGGAUAAUUUGUUUUUCGCAAUGUUGGGACUUUUCCAUUUUGCCAAAGAAGGACUUAAACUACUGACGACACUCUAAAAAAUCCCUUGAUUUUGAUUUCAAUUGAUAAAAGAGUCGGUUUCUCUUUUUUCAAGCAGUUUAUCUUUUUUUUCGGAGCACAAUAUUUCUCCUUUUUGCUUCUCUUUCAUACUUUUACUCUUGCCACUUAUCUGUCUUUGGUGGCCAGUUUUGGCGGUCGGGUUCAUUGGUUAUUAUCACUGUCAAAGCUCCUCUGGUCAUGUACCCAACCAUCCCUCUGGCCCUGGAUCUCACCUGGUGAAACAGAAUCACCUGAGCGAGUUAUUUUAGCCCCCGCGGGAUUCAGGCUUUGGACUCAGCUGAGAUUUCGGCCAUGUUGCGUUGCGUUCUUCAGCGGGCCAACAACCUGAGACACUCUGACCCCCUGGCUAGUGUCACCUUCAGAGGGUCCAAGAAGAAGACAAAGGUGAUCAAGAACAACCCCAACCCUGUUUGGAACGAGGGUUUCGAAUGGGAUCUGAAGGGGAUUCCUCUGGACUCUGGAGCAGAGCUGCACUGUGUCGUCAAAGACCAUGAGAAGAUGGGGAGAAACAGGUUCCUGGGCGAAUGCCGGCUGGCUCUCAGAGACGUUCUCAACUCUCCCAGCCUGGCCGCCACCUUCACCAUCUCCCUGCUGGACACCAAGAGAAACAACACAGGGGCCACGCUGACCCUUCAGGUUUCCUACAUCCCUCCUCCGGGAUCGGCUCCCAUCUUCCAGCCUCCUCCCCAGCCCGAGGCUCUUCCCCAUAACAACCCCACUCAGGAGCUGGACACUGUCACGAUGAUCUCUCUGGAUACGUUGGGUGAGGAGGAUACGGAGAGUAUGAUGAUGCUGGAGACCACAGAAGACCAGGGGCCCGACGACGGACGGUCCAUGGUCAUCGUCGGUCCUCAGGGGCCCCCGGGCCGGGAGUCUCCCGCCCAGACACCCAAACGUUCGCCGCCGUCCUACAACACCCAAGGAGGUCUGAGGAAGAGGAGGAGAGGAGCCAGCAGUCAGUCCAAACCUCUGCCUAACAAACCACAGGACCUACAGGUUCGUGUGCGGGUCAUCGAGGGGCGACAGUUGCCGGGCAUCAACAUUAAACCUGUUGUCAAGGUGACGGUAUCCGGGCAGACGAAGAGGACCCGCAUCAGAAAAGGCAACAACCCGUUCUUUGAUGAGACGUUCUUCCUGAACUUCUUCGAGACUCCGUCAGACUUGUUCGAUGAGCCGAUCUUCAUCACUGUGUGCGACUCUCGCUCUCUCAGAACUGAUGCUGUGAUUGGUGAAUUCAAGCUGGAUGUAGGCACCGUCUACAAUGAGCACCGACACUGCUUCUUGAGGAAAUGGCUGCUGCUGUGCGACCCCGACGACCUCUCCGCCGGGGUCAAAGGUUACCUGAAGGUCAGCCUGUUCGUCUUGGCAGCUGGAGACGAGCCACCGGCUGAUAGGCGCGAGUGUGUGGAGGACAAAGAGGAUAUCGAGGGAAACCUGCUGAGGCCGGCUGGUCUGUCUCUGAGAGGAGCCACUUUCACCCUGAGGAUCUUCAGAGCCGAAGACCUGCCGCAGAUGGACGACGCCUUCAUGGAUGGGAUGAAGCAGAUUCUUGGGUUUGACAGCAACAGGAAGAACUUGGUGGAUCCUCUGGUGGAAAUCCACUUCGCUGGCAAAACAAUCUGCACUAAGAUUCUGGAGAAGAACGCCAAUCCCCAGUGGAACCAGAGUCUGGCAAUGCCUAUUAGGUUUCCCUCCAUGUGCGAGAAGAUGAGGAUCAGAAUUCUGGACUGGGACAGAGCCAGUCACAACGAUGUCAUCGGCACCACCCACCUCUGUAUGUCUAAGGUCUCCGCCCCCGGAGGAGAGAUAGACGACGACUUGACUCCACGGACCGUCCACUCCGGCAUGGACGACAGUCUUGGUUUCCUGCCGACAUUCGGUCCGUGUUUCGUCAACCUGUACGGCAGCCCCAGAGAGUUCACCGCCUUCAAUGACCCCCACGAGGCUCUAAACCUCGGAAAAGGGGAGGGUGUCGCGUACCGAGGUCGAGUUUUACUGGAACUGACCACAAAGCUGGCGGAAAAGCCGGAGCAGAAAACUGAAGACAUCCCAUCGGAUGAUCUGCUGGUGGUGGAGAAGUUUCUCCGGAAGAGGAAGUUCUCGCUCUUCGUGGCGUUUUACUCGGCCACGCUCCUCCAGGACGUCGACGACGCCAUCCAGUUCGAGGUCAGCAUCGGCAACUACGGCAACAAGUUCGACUACACCUGCCUCCCACUGGCCUCCACCACCCAGUUCAGCAGGGCUGUGUUUGACGGUUGCCACUACUACUACCUGCCGUGGGGAAACGUGAAGCCGGUGGUGGUUCUGUCUUCAGAGUGGGAGGACGUCAAACCGAGGAUCGAGGCUCUCAACAUGCUGCUGGCGAUCAUAGACAGACUGGAGGUGAACCUGCAGCGGGUGCAGCUGGAUGUGAAUGCAGGCAGCGAGCUGGAGGAGGUGGAGCUCCGAGUGGUGGAGCUGUUGGAUCAGGUCAUCACAGACUGCAGCGAGGAGCUGCCCUCUCUCGACCAGUGGCAGUGUGCGACGCCUCUCGACCGCUCGUUGCGGCACAUCCGCACUCUGCACCUGCAGCAGAUCGUUGCGGCGGCUCUCGCUCUCAAACACGGGCCGGCCACCGAGCUGUCCACGGUGCUGGAGCAGGCGGAGGACUGGGCCAACAGGCUGAGGACCAUGGCCGAGGAGCCUCAGAACAGUCUCCCAGACAUAGUGAUAUGGAUGCUGCAGGGCGACCGCAGGGUGGCGUACCACCGCAUCCCCGCACACACUGUCAUCUUCUCCCAGGAGCAUUGUGGGAAACACUGUGGACAGCUGCAGACUGUCUUCCUCAAGCACCCACAAGGCACAGGUGGAGAAGCCAAACUUCCUGGUCAGCUGAGGGUCAAAGUCUGGUUCGGAUUGGCUGCAGAUGUCAAACAUUUCAACCAAUACGCUGAAGGAAAACUGUCGGUCUUCGCUGAGACGUAUGAGAACCAGACCCGACUCGCCCUGGUGGGCAGCUGGGGAACUACAGGUCUGACCUAUCCCAAGUUCAGUGAUGUCACCGGAAGAGUUAAACUCCCCAAAGAGAGUUUCAAACCGUCGCCCGGCUGGAGCUGCGGAGACUGGUACAUCAGCCCCGAGAAGACACUGUUGUUCGAUGUGGACGCCGGUCACAUGACUUUCACUGAGGAAGUGUUUGAAAACCAGAUGAGGUUACCAGGCGGACAGUGGAUCGGCAUGCCGGAGGGAUACACUGAUGUGAAUGGGGAGAAGGCGGUGCCGAAGGACGAGGUGGAGUGUCCUCCGGGCUGGGUGUGGGAGGAGGUGGAGUGGAGUGAAGAUCUCAACAGGGCCGUGGACGAUCAAGGCUGGGAGUACGGUAUCACCAUCCCUCCAGACCGCCGCCCCAAGUCGUGGGUGCCGGCAGAGAAGAUGUACCACACCAACCGACGUAGGCGGUGGAUACGGAUGAGGCGGCGAGACCAACAGAAGAUGGACGCUCUCAGAAAGCAGCGUCCGGACGAGACGGAGCGGGAAGGCUGGGAGUACGCCUCGCUGUUCGGCUGGAAGUUCCACCUGAAGCCCAGGAAGACGGACAGCUUCAGGAGGCGCAGGUGGAGGUACCGCAUGGAGCCUCUGGAGAAGACGGGGCCGGCCGCCAUCUUUGCUCUGGAGUGUUCUCUGAGCAGCAUAGAGGACAAGAACGACGACAAGUCCGUCACAACCACAUUCGGAGUCAACAGACCGACCAUUUCUUGUUUCUUUGACCGUGGCACCCGUUAUCACCUGCGCUGCUACCUGUACCAAGCCAGAGACCUGGUGGCCAUGGACAAAGACAGUUUCUCAGACCCCUACGCCAUCGUGUCGUUCCUCCAUCAGUCCCAGCGGACGGUGACGGUGCGCAACAGUCUGAACCCCUGCUGGGACCAGACGCUCAUCUUCUAUGAGUUGGAGAUUUUUGGCGACGCCGACGCCGCGAUGGCCAACCCUCCCAACGUCGUGGUGGAGCUUUACGAUCAGGACACAUACGGAGCAGAUGAAUUCAUGGGCCGCUGCGUGUGCCAGCCCACCUUGACCCCCUCCCCCCGUCUGGCCUGGUUCCCCAUCCGCAAAGGGGACAAGAACGCCGGCGAGCUGCUGGCCGCCUUCGAGCUCAUACGCAGGGAAAAGCCAGGAAUCCACCAUAUUCCAGGUCAAGAGGGAGACAUCAUGGCCACCACCCACGUUCUGGACGAGUUGAUGUUUUCAGGAUUCCUCUCUGAAAACCUGCAGCAAUGGCCGGACGAGUCGGACCUUCCGUACCCGCCUCCUCAGAGGGAGCCCAACGUCUUCAUGGUUCCUCAGGGAAUCAAACCUGUUCUGCAGAGAACCGCCAUUGAGAUCUUAGCGUGGGGCGUUCGUAACCUGAAGAGUUUCCAGAUGGCCAGCGUUACCUCCCCCAGCCUGCAGGUGGAGUGCGGCGGCACCAUGGUCCAGAGCUGCGUCAUCCGCAAUGUGAAGAAGAAGCCCAACUUUGACGUCAACAUGCUCAUCCUUGAUGUGAGACUUCCCCGCGAGGAGCUCUACAUGCCGCCGAUUGUCAUCAAAGUCAUCGACAACCGUCAGUUCGGGAGGAAGCCGGUGGUCGGUCAGUGCACCAUCCGCUCGCUGGAGGAGUACCGGUGUAACCCGGAGGAGGAAGGAGCGACGGUGACGGAGGAGGAGGAGGGAUGGAGACGUGACAUGCCUCACUUUUCUGGGGAGGUUUUUAUUGACAUCGAUGACGAGCAGCCGCUGGUACCUGACCAGCUUACAGAUGGAGCCGGUUCUGCUAUCAUUAACCUUUCAACCUCUAGUUCCAGCCUUCAUGAAGAAGAGUUCAUGGACUGGUGGAGUAAGUUCUACGCCUCGACCGGAGAGAAAAACAAGUACGGGACGUACCUGGAGAGAGGCUUCGACACGCUGAAGGUGUACGACCAUGAGUUGGAGAAGCUCGAGGGUCUCGAGGGUCUCUCCGAUUUCUGUCAGACGUUCAAGCUGCACAGAGGACGGACUCAGGAUGAAGGAGAGGAUCCAUCAGUGGUGGGAGAGUUCAAGGGUAUGUUUAAGAUCUACUCCCUGCCAGACGACCCCUCCGCCUCCGUCCCCCCGAGACAGUUCAGGAAACUUCCUCCCAACGGCAUCGAGGACUGUCUGGUCCGAGUCUACAUCAUCCAGGCUCACGGGCUGCAGCCCAAAGACGCCAACGGGAAGUGUGACCCCUAUGUGAAGAUCACCUUGGGGAAAAAGACCAUCAACGACCAUGAAAACUACAUCCCCUGCACACUGGACCCUGUGUUCGGAAAGAUGUUUGAGUUCACCUGCUCCCUCCCCCUGGAGAAGGACCUCCGGGUGAUGCUGUACGACCACGACAUGCUGACCAAAGACGAGAAGAUCGGGGAGACUGUGAUCGACCUGGAGAACCGCUUCCUGUCCAAAUACGGCGCCCUGUGCGGCCUGCCGCAGUCCUACUGCAUCUCGGGGGUGAACCAGUGGCGAGAUCAGCUGACCCCGAGGCAGCUGCUGUGGCGAGUGUGUGAACGGCGGAACCUGCGGAAGCCGGUCUACCAGGACGACGUGGUCCACUUCAGGGGAGACCAGUACACCGUCGCAGACCUGGAGGACAAACACGAGUCCAAACAUCACCUCGGUCCAAUUAAAGAGCGACUAUCCCUCCACAUCUUGAGGAAACUGGGGUUGGUACCUGAACAUGUGGAGACCCGGCGGCUGUACAGCCCACUACAACCUGACAUAGAGCAGGGACGUCUGAUGAUGUGGGUGGACAUGUUCCCCAAGUCCCUGGGACCGCCUGGACCCCCGUUCAACAUCACGCCACGCAAGGCGAAGAGGUUUUUCCUGCGUUGCAUCAUCUGGAACACGAGUGACGUCAUCCUGGACGACGUCAGCCUCAGCGGGGAGAAGAUGAGCGACAUCUACGUGAAAGGCUGGCUCGACGGCCACGAACACAACAGGCAGAAGACCGACGUCCACUACCGCUCUCUGGGCGGAGAGGGAAACUUCAACUACAGGUUCCUGUUCCCCUUCCACUACCUCCCCGCAGAGCGGCUGUGUGUCGUCGACAAGAAGGAACACUUCUGGAGUGUGGAUAAAGCCGAGACUAAACUGGCUCCUAAACUCACCAUCCAGAUCUGGGACAACGACAAGUUCUCCUUCGACGACUACCUCGGUCACCUGGUGAUGGACCUGAACCACAUGCUGCGUCCCGCCAAGUCUCCGCAGAAAUGUAACCUGGAGCUCCUAGACCAGCCGGGGGACAGGCUGGUGUCUCUGUUCGAACAGAAGACGGUCAAAGGCUGGUGGCCCUGCACCUGCGAGCAGAGCGGACAGAAGAUCAUCGCUGGGAAGGUGGAGAUGUCUCUGGAGAUCGUGACGGAGCAGGAGCAGGAGGAGCGGCCGGCCGGGGUCGGCAGAGAUGAGCCCAACAUGAACCCACACCUGGAGGAACCUCAGCGUCCUGAGACCUCCUUCCUCUGGUUCUCUUCCCCCUACAAGACCCUCAAGUUCAUCCUGUGGAGACGCUUCAAGUGGUUCAUCAUCCUCUUCAUCAUCCUCUUCUUCCUCUUCCUCUUCCUCGGCGUCUUCCUCUACUCCUUCCCGAACUACGCUGCCAUGAAGAUGGUGGGACCUUUUGGACCGGCCAAGGCAGCGGAGUGACGAUGGAGGAGGAAAACGAGACACGAACAGUGAGGAAACACAAAGUCACGACUCUGGAAGCUUCAUGUGAAUUCUCCUCCUCGUCUUUCUCGAGUCUGUUUCAUUCAGAGCGAGAACGAUGAACCCGGGGGGAAGUGGAUCUGACUCCAGACGCUGUUCUGAACACACGGACCGGAUUAGUGAAUAGUGUGUGUGUGUGUGGUGUGUGUGUGUGUGUGUGUGUGUCGUCCACUGACAGACACUGUGUUAUUACCGACGCCUCCUGAGUGAUCAUCAGGUCUCGGCCUCGUGUCUUCAUCUUCCCUCCGUCAGCGCCAGAAACAGAAGCCGUGACUGAACGGCUUCAAAAUGUCAAACUUCGUCACCUGAAACUCAAUUUAAGAAAAAGAUAGAAAACUUCACCAAUUUCUCUCCUUCAAUCAUCGUUUUCUCACCCUCCUCUUCCUCUUUUCCCUCUCGUUCCUUGUCGUCCUGAGUCUUUUUCCUCCUCCUCAUUUUCUCCUUUGCAUCCGUUCCACUUCCUCUUCCUCCCAGUACUCAUUCUGUUCCUCCUCCUCCUCCUCAUCAGUGAGUUUGCUUCUCCUCUACUUCCUUGUCCUCCUGCCUCAAAUUAUUUUCCUCCUCCUCCUUCAGUCUUUCAGCGCUCUCAGAGUUCAGCAGGUUAAAUCGCUGGAUUUGUUCCUGCUGAUCUCGGGGUUUCAGCUUUAUUAGCACAAAGUGUGUUUUCAGAUAGAUGGAUGUGGGCAGAUAAGGAUGCACGCACACACACACACACACACACACACACACACACACACACACACACACACACACACACACACUGUGCAGAAGAACCUGAACACAAACCGGAGUCAUGCUGUUUAGUCUGUUGAUGUAAUCUGUAUUCUUCUUCUGUCCUGUGUGUGUGUCUGUGUGUGUGUGUGUGUGUGUGUGUGUGUGUGUGUGUGUGUGUGUGUGUGUGUGUAGUGUGUAUUCAUAAGUGUGUGUUUAGGUCAGGCCAGGGUUAUGAGGAACACACACACACACAAAGACACACAUAUAGUGCUGAACAGGAAGGGUUAGAGGAGAGGGACUAAUCCACCCAGAGUCUAUGGGAUUUCCUGAAGUACGUUUGUAAGUUUACAGUGUGUGUGUGUGUGUGUGUGUGUGUGUGUGUGUGUGUGUGUGUGUGUGUGUGUGUGUGUGUGUGUCUCAAGGUCUUUUGAUCCUUAAAUAGCGCACACCAACUGAAACAAGGACGGAUGAUGAAGACGAACUGAGCCGCAAUUAAAAGACAUGAAGAAGAGGAUGAGAGAAAUAAUUAAACCCAUUCAUCUCUUUAUUUAAUUUAAUCUGUUUCUUCUUCGUGGGUUUCUUCUAAAGUCAGAUUUUUAUUUUUUUUCACAUAGUUUGCUGUGGUCCUGACCAGAGUGGAAAAAUUGACAUGGACCCGUUUGGUUCGCUUUAGGUUCACACCGGCCGGUUACGAGCCAACCAGGCCCCGUAAACAAAAGUCACAUGGACCCGCGAGCGGCUCAUUUAUUGGACGGCGCCUCGGUAACCUGUCGUCCUGCCAGGUCAGGGGGGCGUUUAGCGCUAAUUUACCUUCUCUGGAGUUUUAAAAUCUGUUAACGACACAUUAAUGUGAAUUCGAGCAUCAGCCCAGAUUCAACGCGUCUCGCUCGCCUUUCCAAACACGAGGAACUGACUCGCUCUCGGACAUUCGUCUCCUUGCACCCACAAACUUCUGCAUUGUGUUUUUUUUUGUUUGUUUUCCCCUCCGCAGAGUUUAGACUGCGAUGUUGCUCUUAGCAACCACUGUGAGGAGAUCAGAGACCUGUCGGUGACGUAGCUCAAACCACCCGUUCUCACCUCUGACAAAACCUCAGAGAAAAGACAAGAACACCUCUGAGGAUGAGGAUGAAAAGAAAAGGUGCAUCUGAUUCGUUUUGCCGAACACUAAAGAUUCGUCACACACACACACACACACACACACACACACACACACACAAAAAGUAAAAUCAAGUGCUAAUUUUUGACCUAAGUUCAUUUUCUAUUCACCAUCUGGCUUCCCUUUUUGAAUGUAAGCAAAUGCUACCACUUAGAGGGAUGCAAAAAAAAAUAAUCAAGGCCCAUGUCCAUCAGCUGCAUCAUGUUCUGGCUCCAUCACGGCUGCCGGAGAUGAGCCGCUGUUUCACCUGCUCAGCUUUCAUCUCUGAAGCGUCAGAUUCACGUGUGAAUGUGUGAAUCGAGGCUUUAAGACACUAAAGUCUGUUUGAAAGCAGGUUUCUGUGGGGAAGCGUGGGAUAGCUUCUGUUAGGCCACAUCAGUAUGUGUUAGUGCUUUAAGUACUGAGCUGUUUUUGAGGUCGGAACUUCCUGUUUGGCAUCUUGUGGUUCAGGUUAAGUGGACUGAGGUUCUUCUUGCUGUUUACAUUUAUCUUGAAGUUUAGAAGAAUGAAUGUCGCCAUGUUUUUGUCCAGUACCUGCUGAAAACGUGUGUUCAGAUACAAGAAAAAGAUGAAUAUUUCACAAUUUGACUUGAAAAUGACUCGAGACGAAUAGUCCUGGUGAUUUCUCACAGUUAUAUUUACGACAUAUAUACUUCUCUUAUCACAUAAUGACAGUGAACAGCUUAGUCAUAUAGCUCAUGCUAAUUGAUAUCGGUGUUGUAUUCAGAUACUUUUUGUAAAUAUAUAAAAGAAAAAGUGCAAAUAACAAAAAACAAAACAAAAUGAAAAUUCCUAUUGCAUCAUGUCUGAAUGCAGCAGAUACCUGUCAAGAAAAGUGAAGAUGAAUUUAUUUAGAUUCUUGUCGGGAUGUUUGCCUGAACACAUGAGAAUUUUAUGGACUUUUUUUUUUGUGUACUACACUUAAAUUUUGUGUUAGUAUCUUGAAAUAGCUUUAUAUAUAUAUAUAAUAUAUAUAUAUUUGACAGAGCUUUAAACAUCCUGCUGAUGUAACGGAAAACUUUUCUUCAGACAAUCCUGCUGUCAGUUGUUGUUGUUGUUGUUGUUGUUGUUGUUGUUGUUGUUUUCAGUGAAAGUGAUGUUGACUUUUUUUUCCGGUUGUAUUUUCCACGGAGCUUUAAGACGCCUUCAUGCUGCACAUCUGACUCAGAUUCGACUGUUUCCUUUCAGUAAAUGCAACGUGCCUUUAGCCUUUAGCCUUUUAGCUUUGCUGUCUUAAUGUACAGUAACACUAACUCGUGCCUCAGCAUGAAUUAAAACUAUACAAAAACAACCAAAAUGCUGCUUUUUUAAAAAAGAAAUUAGUUGUUACCAGUUGCCUUUAUGAAGCUUUUCAUACUUAUGACACUUUUUCUCUCAAAUCACUGAAUUAAACGAGGAAAACCAAAAAACUGCUGCUGCAUUCAUUUCUGAUGAGCUGAAACUAGCCACACCCCUAAUCAGUGACAUCACAAGGCAAAAUACCCGCAGUGACAUCACUGAUCAGGGCGUGGCCAGAUGUGAAACAUGCUCAGCGGUUUUAACAGUUAAAAAAAUAUGAAGGAAUAGAUUGACAUUUUGGAAAAUAAACUUAUUUAUUGUCUCUCAGAGUUGGAUGAGAAGAUUGUGAUUUUUAUUUGAAUGAUAUUGAUCUUUGCGUUUGUGGCUUUACUCAGUAAACACGCACAUCUGUGCUGAAUGUUGUGUGUGUAGUUUUAGUAAAAUAAAUCCUUGAUCCUGCAGCUUUUUACCCGGGAAAUGUGUUUACAAUUUAGACUAAAGUUCGCACUUUACACAAAUUUAUACUGAAAGAAACAACAAGAACGUUUCCCAGGAAGAAACAAGAUGUAACAUGUUCAUUCAUGAGCUUUACAGAUGCUGCUGGACAGAUUGUUUUCCCAAAAUGCUGAACUAUUCCUUUCUGGUAAUAUACAAAACAAACUAAAAAAUAAAGAAGCAUGUUUGAAGUUUUUGUUAACGAACAAACUCGGACUAAUCCUUCCAUCAUCCCCGUCGCUAACUCUGAAUGCUUCACUCUGUUUCUGCUCUGUGCUUCGGCUUUAAACACGAGCAUCCUUCUGCUGUCGACUCCAAUAAACUCCCGAUGCCAUAAAACUGCACCGAACAGAAACACGCAGGAGCUCUGUCUCCGUGAAACUGGAACUGAAAACUGGUUUUAAAUCCAAUGUGUUUUCACGUGAGCGGCACCGUGACGGAUUCCUUCAGUGUUACUGUAAACGGUGGGUGGUCGUGACUGACAGUGUUAAUGAUAUUUGAAUGUUUUCUGGGAGACACAGACUGAAUGUAAUCCAAACGUGACAUGUAUUUGACUUCAUAUCCACAAAGAGCAAUACUGUGUGCACUGCAUUAUGUCAUGUAUUAUCAAUAAAACUACAUUUCUGA